AUGUCCGUUAAUCCACAAAAGAAAGACCUCAAUGGCGAUGGAUGGGGUGACGUUCCAGGCAUCACGCAGAAACUCGAUUACCUCAAGAGCCUCGGCAUAGACGUGAUAUGGAUAUCACCAAUCUACAAGAGUCCACAAGCAGACAUGGGCUACGAUAUAGCCGACUACGAAGACAUCGACCCCAGCUACGGAACUUUGGCUGAUGUCGACAACAUGAUCACAGAGAUCAAGAAACGCGGGAUGAAGCUCGUCAUGGAUCUUGUAGUCAACCAUACGUCGGAAGAGCAUGAAUGGUUCCUGAAUUCUCGGUCAUCAAAGGAGUCAUCGAAACGCGACUGGUAUAUCUGGAAGCCCGCAAAGUACGAUGCUGAUGGCAAUCGCCAACCGCCAAACAACUGGGCUCAGAUUCUGGGUGAAGCCAAUUCAGCAUGGACGUGGGAUGAGAGGACACAAGAGUAUUACUUAUCGUUAUUUACUCCGGAACAACCAGAUUUGAACUGGGAAAAUCAUGAUGUCCGCGAAGCUGUGAAGAAUGUUCUCCGGUUUUGGCUCGAUCGUGGAGCCUCUGGGUUCCGCAUGGAUGUCAUCAACCUGAUCUCGAAGGUCCAGACAUUCCCUGACGCGCCUGUCACCGUCAAAGGCAACAAGUACCAACGAGGCGACAAGUACUUCGCCAACGGCCCGCGAUUGCACGAGUGGCUUCAGGAACUCCGUCGGGACGUAUUAUCGAAAUACGACACCCUCACGGUCGGCGAGAUGCCCUUCGUCCGUGACGACGACGAGGUCAUCAAAGUCGUUGGUUCCAAUCGUGGAGAGCUAAAUAUGAUAUUUGUGUUUGACCUGGUCGACAUCGACAACAUACCCGGAGACUUCAAAUAUACUCUGUAUCCCUGGGACGGCCGUGACUUCAAGAAGAUAAUCAACAAAUUCCAGCGCUUGAUGCUCGACCGCGACGGUUGGAACUCACUUUACGUGGAGAACCACGACCAACCAAGGAGUAUAAGCCGGUUUACAGAUGAUAGUGACGAGUGGCGUGAAUGUGGCGCAAAGCUCCUUUGCCUGAUGCAAACCACACUCGCUGGAACGCUAUAUGUGUACCAAGGGGAGGAAAUCGGUAUGCGCAAUGUGCCUAAAGAGUGGAAGCCGGAAGAGUACAAAGAUAUUGAAAGCAUCAAUUUCUUCAAGAAAUACCGCGACCUCUACCCCAACGAUGCCGAGAAACAAGCCCUAGCCGCUGAAAUAAUGCAGCGCAAAGCCCGCGACAGCGCCCGCACACCCAUGCAAUGGAACACCUCCGCACAAGCUGGUUUCACCACGGGCAAGCCUUGGAUGCGCGUCAACGACGACUAUCCUACAAUCAACACUGAGGUCCAGAUUUCCAACCCCACACCCUCACCCGGUAUGCUUUCCGUUCAUGCGUUCUGGAAGCGUGCGCUGGAGUGCCGGAAGGAGAACAAGGAUGUUUUCGUGUAUGGGGACUUUGAGAUGCUGGACAUGGAUGAUAGUCAGGUGGUUGCGUAUAGGCGGUGGAGUGAGAAGAAUGCGUUUAUUACCGUGUUCAAUCUGAGUGGGGAGAAGGCUGUAUGGGGGAAGAUGGGGGCUCUAAAGGUAAAGAAGUGGGUCGCAGGUAAUUAUGAUGAGAGGGAGUUGGAGGGAAGAGCGAAGAGCGGAGAAAUGGAAUUGAGGCCUUGGGAGGCUGUCUUGGGUAUGCUGGAGUAUGAUACAAUGGUGGCGUGA